CGCUUUCGAGCACCGGCAUCAGUUUGCUGGUUGUACUCGUCUUCAGCACUAGUCUCUACUCAUUCAUCAUGACCGGACGUGGAAAGGGAGGAAAAGGUUUGGGAAAAGGAGGAGCCAAGCGCCAUCGCAAAGUUUUGCGCGACAACAUCCAGGGCAUCACCAAGCCCGCCAUCCGCCGUCUGGCUAGACGUGGUGGUGUCAAGCGUAUCUCCGGUCUGAUCUACGAGGAAACUCGUGGAGUCCUCAAGGUCUUCCUUGAGAACGUCAUCCGUGACGCUGUAACCUACACCGAGCACGCCAAGAGGAAGACCGUCACUGCCAUGGACGUUGUCUAUGCUCUCAAGAGACAAGGCCGCACUCUCUACGGAUUUGGCGGUUAAAUUACCUGACUCCCUGUAUGCAAUUUUUAAAACAAUCGGCCCUUUUCAGGGCCA